AUGGCAAAAUCAACUGUUCCAAAUUUCAGGCAUAGCUUUCCCAUCACCCAGAAGGAGGAAAAAGACGAGUUGCAAAUUGCAAAUAGGGAAGAAAGUGAGAAAAUUAAGACUUCACUGAAAACGAUGAAUAGUGUGUUCUCAGUUGACGAUUUCUGCGAACUUUUCUGGGCGGCUUCAACUUCAGGCGCGGCGGCGGGGAUGAACCGAAGCCAAUCGGAGUGGGCGUUGGACAAGUUUCUAGAAGAAUUUUCUGGUGCGGGUGUGGCGAUCCCGGGGUCACGUGCAGGCGAGAAUGUGAAUGGUCCGUCCUUGGCGGCACCUCAGCCGUCUGUUUCGAAAGCUGAAAAGGUUGACGGGGAUGGUGGCGUGGUGGAGGUCAAAGAGCUUAAUAAUCAUAAUCGUCCGGCGUCUGAUUCGACGCCGAUGGUCCCGAUUGACUCGGAUGAGUACAUCGCAAUCCUCAAGAACAAGCUCCAUCAAGCCUGCGCUGCCGUUGCCCUCUCUCGUGCGUCGGCUGUGAAGGCAGAAAGUUCGUCUGCCAAAGCUGAAAACCAAGCGCUUCAAUCGGGAUCAGAUGUUCAAGGGUCCUCAAAGACACAUGAACAGAUUGAACCUGAUACUGGUAUUUCAGCUGUUUCAACUAAACAAAAAAAAUCAGGGACACUAGUGAGGCAAACCACAAGUGGAUCAUCAAAAGAAGAUUCAGAUGAUGGUGAACUUGAAGGAGAUACUGAAACCACCGAAAACAUGGAUCCGGCUGAUGCAAAGCGUGCAAGGAGAAUGCGGUCAAAUAGAGAAUCAGCUAGGCGCUCUAGAAGAAGAAAGCAAGCACAUAUUAAUGAACUUGAAGCACAGGUUGCUCAAUUAAGAGUUGAACAUUCCACGUUACUCGAGCGUCUAACUGACACGAAUCACAAGUACGAUGAAGCUGCUGUUGACAAUAGAAUUCUGAAGGCUGAUAUUGAGAUGUUAAGAGCGAAGGAUUUAACUGCAAAUGUGCUUGCAGAAUAUAUUAUCAGCAAUUCUCUUGAGGAAGGGUGA